AUGACAGAUUCAAUGGGUCUGACAGAGACCAGGCAGACAGAGAUCUUACUCGUCGCAUGGGUUAUGACUGGGGCUGUUAUUUAUCGGUCGCUAUCAAUCUUUUUUCCAGUAAAGCUAGUUCAUGAUAUUGGCUGGGACGACCACUUCAUUUUGCUGUCGUUGAUCUUCAGCAUCAUUGCCUCAUCAUUUGUUCCCUACGGGGUUGUAUUAGGAUUCGGUCAGCAUACAGCAGUAGUUGUCGCACAAUUCGGCAAUGAGCGGCUUUCCAAAGGCGCAAUGAUUCAGAUGCUAGGAUAUCCUUUUAAUAUUGAAACUAUGAGAGAAGUCAUUGCCAGGCUCGUGCUGGAAUACAAAUAUUCUCAACAGCUUUUUGUACUGGUUCUGCGCGUACACGACGUUCACGGACGUGGUAUUGGCAGUGGCGCCGGCAUGCAAAUUCUGGGAUCUGCAGAUGGUUUGGAAGCCUGUGCCGCUGGUGAUAUGGGGCUUCCGCACAUGGAGGUGUGGUUUUUCGAUAAAGCCAGGGGCUCGAUCCAGGUUUCUAGCUCAAGAUCUAUCCACAUAUACAAAAAGAACAAGAAGCCAACUCAAGUGCCGAUCUAG